AUGGCUGAGUCGUAUCCUUCCCUUGCGCAAUGCGCCAUUGUCGCAACGGCCUUCAAAAUCCUCCUUUUCCCCGCCUAUAAGUCAACCGACUUUGAAGUUCACCGCAAUUGGCUCGCUAUCACAUACUCGCUUCCCAUCAAAGAAUGGUACUACGAGAAAACUUCGGAGUGGACACUCGAUUACCCCCCGUUUUUCGCUGCUUUCGAGUGGGUGCUUUCCCAGCUAGCGCAAUAUGCGGACCCCGCGAUACUGGUUGUCAAUAACCUCGAGUACGAUUCCUGGCAAACUAUAUACUUUCAGAGGGCCACAGUAAUUAUAACAGAGCUUGUCCUUCUAUACGCUCUAAACAAAUUCGUCAAGUCUGUGCCUGCGUCCAAUAAACACCUCGCACACGCCACCAGCUUGUCGAUCCUGCUCUCGCCCGGCCUACUCAUCAUCGAUCACAUCCACUUCCAAUAUAAUGGCUUUUUAUACGGCAUACUUAUUCUGUCGAUCGUUUGGGCUCGGAAACAAUCAACCCUACUUUACAGUGGAAUUGCUUUCGCUGUACUGCUAUGUCUGAAGCACAUAUAUCUGUACUUGUCUCUCGCCUAUUUCGUCUUCUUGCUGCGAGCUUACUGCCUGGACCCCAAAUCGGUUUUCCGGCCCCGAAUCUGGAAUACGAUCAAAUUGGGCGUCAGCGUCGCUACAGUUUUCGGACUGGCUUUCGGACCAUUCGCUUAUUGGGGCCAGCUUCUCCAGCUCAAAGAGCGACUGUUCCCUUUCUCCCGGGGAUUAUGCCAUGCGUAUUGGGCGCCCAAUGUCUGGGCGAUGUACUCAUUCACGGACCGCAUCUUGAUUCCACUUGCUCCAAGACUUGGGCUCCCAGUCAAUCACGAGGCCCUCUCAAGCGUCACUCGCGGUCUUGUUGGUGACACUUCCUUCGCCGUCCUCCCCGAAGUAUCGAAAGAACACACCUUUGCCCUGACACUCUUAUUUCAACUGCUCCCUCUAAUCAAGCUCUGGCGCAAUCCAUACCCGAAUACCUUCAUCGGAGCCCUGACUCUCUGCGGCUACGCCUCCUUCCUCUUCGGCUGGCACGUCCACGAAAAAGCCAUCCUCCUAAUAAUCAUCCCCUUCAGCUUGAUCGCCCUCAAGGACAGACGCUACUUCAGCGCAUUUCGCCCCCUCGCCGUGGCAGGACACGUCUCACUCUUCCCUCUCCUCUUCACAGCAGCCGAGUUCCCGCUCAAAACAGUCUACACACUCUUCUGGCUCAUCCUGUUCCUCUUCGUCUUUGACCGGAUCGCACCCGUCCCCGAACGGCCGCGGAUUUUCCUCGUCGACCGCUUCUCGCUUCUGUAUAUUACCGUGUCGAUUCCGUUGAUCGUUUACUGCUCGCUUAUUCAUCAGCUUGUCUUUGGGCUCGAGCGGUAUCAGUUCCUCCCGCUGAUGUUUAUGAGCAGUUAUUCGGCUCUUGGGGUUGUGGGGAGCUGGAUUGGGUUUAUGGUUGUUUAUUUUACUGCAUAG